UCACCAUUAUUUGAUCGGCGCGUAUGUUAAAGAAGAACGAUAACACGUAAUAUUAUUAUCAUUAGGCUCGUUUUAAAUAGACUUGUGUUUGAUCGAAUGUGUCGCGUUUUCGUACGAAAAUACGUUAAUCUUUUCCUCUCAAAAAAAUAAAUAAAAAUCGAACUAGCUAAGCGUGAUAUGAUCGCUGGUGUAAGUAAACUGUGUGUAAAAUAAUAAAUUAGAGUGUUUCAGUGUCGUUUUCUGACCUUUGCGCUUCUAUUGCACAUCAUAAAAAUAAUUGUUUAUAUCAGCCACUGGUGCUUGCAAUCGUAUCUAUUAAUCGAACGCGUUACGCACAGAAACCCGCGUUGCGCUCAUACGGCUCCUUGUAGCAUCCGAGGCAGCACGUGCAGCACGUCGACAACAAAAUCAAACGACCGUUCUUAAUAAUCACAGCCACACAUGUGCGAAAUCAUAACAUAUGUCGUGAUAAAUAGUGUCUCGUAGUUAUUUUCUCGCCGUGCGGUUAUAGUAUACCUAAUAUAUUAUAUACGGCUGGUGCACUAAUCGCGUUUUUCGUCUCCUUCGGGAUUUCGAUGGUGCGCACGCCUUGCGGGCGCGAGACGAGUGAGAAUACAAUUUUACAAUACUCAGCAGUGCAUUAUUCGACUGAAUAAUCAGUAAUAUCCACGCAAGAGACAUUGUCCGUUUGCGGACUUUUGAAAUUCGUCGUCUAUUUAUUAUAUAUAUAUAUAUUAAACUGUCAUAAAUCGUACAUUGUGAUCAUGUUCAACAACACGAGCAAUCUACUGCUGCAGACCAUGCUGUACUUGGCGCAGACAGACAAUAUCACGUUCCCGUUAAACUACACCGCCGACGCGAACAACGUUAUUUUGGAAGGCGACAACGUGGAGGUCAAGUGUUAUGGCGAGUAUGGUUGUUUCUCGGUGGCCGGCCCGUGGCAGGACGACUCCUCCAGACCGGUGAAUCUGUUCCCGGAACGACCGGAAAAGAUCGCGCCGCGGUACUGCCUGUACACACGCAACAAUCGGAACGUGUGCCAGUACCUGAACCACAAAGAUCGCAAUUCAGUGAUCAUGUCCAACGUGAUACCAACUUUGCCCACGUACUUCAUCACACAUGGGUUUCUGGAAGGCGGUGAUCGGCCGUGGUUGAAGGAAAUCGCCCGACAAAUCCUGCGACGGUACGACGCUAACGUAAUUAUCAUCGACUGGGAACAGGGCUCCGGGUCACCGUAUACACAGGCUGUAGCCAACAUACGGAUGGUGGGCAGGAUAACUGCGCAUUUAAUAAACGUAAUUCGAACAGAACUCGGAUUAAACGUCGCCAACGUUCAUUUAAUCGGUCAUAGUUUAGGAUCGCAUCUCUGUGGUUACGUAGGAAGUGUGCUGCAGACGAACUUUGGCGUCACGGUGGGUCGAAUUACUGGUCUAGAUCCAGCAGAGCCUCACUUCAGCCAGACCGACCCAAUGGUAAGGUUAGAUCCUUCGGACGCCAUGUACGUGGAUAUCAUACACACCGAUUCCAGGCCAUUUAUCAAAGGAGGCGAAUUAGGUCUGGGAAUGAGUGCGCCCAUAGGACAUUUAGAUUUUUAUCCAAAUGGGGGUGAAAAUCAACCCGGAUGUAAUCAGGGUAUGAUGAAGUACAUUAACCGUGAAAACGGUAGUUUCUAUCAAGGUAUGAGAAGAUUCCUGGCCUGCGAUCAUGUCAGAGCACACGAAUAUUUUAAUGAAUCCGUGAACACAAUUUGCAACUUUGUAGCAAUAGAAUGCGAUUCUUAUGAAGAAUUCUUAAAUGGAGAAUGUUUUUCAUGUUUGAGCGAUACUAACCCUGAUGGUAAAAUCUGUGCAGAAAUGGGUAUGCGAUCGUUAGGCCACUGGAAAAAAUAUGCCCCCACCAUUGCCAGUUCCAUCGAUCCUAAUGCAUCACCACACAUACGUUUAUACUCACUCACCAAUGGAGACUCGCCUUUUUGCACGUAUUUAUACAAAAUAACAUUGAAUUUGGCAAACUCGCAAUUGAGCAAAGACCAUGGUGGUGAAGUAGGCCAUUUUUUGGUGCAGCUCGAAGGAACUGACUCCAAGUCAAAACUUUUGAAUGUAUUCAAAGAACAACAUUACAAACCGGGAAGUGUACAUCGCCGAGUGUUUGGGUCUAGUAAUGUGGGUACCAUCAAAUCGGUACUGUUGAUUUGGAACCACUCGACCACGAUGAACAUACUAACUUGGAGAUUUGAAGCGCCGGUAAUCUAUGUUGAAUCGCUGACUAUCGAGACGUUCAAUGUGGGCCAAAAAAUAAAACUAUGUCCACCGAAAUUAAUAGCUUUGGAAGCCGGUCUAUCGUUUAGAAUGAUUCCAUGUUGACAACGCG